AUGCUCCAAGCAUUAUUUAGGGGCGGGGUGUUGCGUCCACUCUUUCGCCGCUUGUUCUUUUGGGGAUUCCUAUCUGCUCAUUCCAAUCUGACAGCCAUUGUUGACGACUGCAUAACAGCCGCAGCGAAUUCAACGGAAGAAGCCGCGAUGCUGCAUCACUCAGUCGCAGCAAAGCCGCUCGCUUCAGUACCUGUCGCAGGCCUCGUCGCUAGCUCCGCCCCUUAUACCGCACGCCCCGGCACCGGCAAGGCAGGUGGAAUUGGCCUAGUGGGUAGCAGCGAGAGAGCGCGCGGGACCCGGAGGGAUCUAAGCGGCGCGUUGGUCGGGUGGAGGCGGUUAGAUCGGGCCUUGAGCAGACGGUCAAUUUCCGCGUCUGGUGGGGUGGUUGUGGCCGCUACUGCAGGCGCGGCGGAUAGGGCAAGCGGCGGCGAGAUGGACUCGGCGGAGCGACCCGUGAAGAUGACGCUCCAUCGCCCCGAGUCUCUGCCCCCUCAGUCGCGCCCUUCUUCCCAUCGCGCCCUCUCCCCCAUCGCGCCCUCUCCCCCAUCGCGCCCUCUCCCCAAUUGCGCCCUCUCCCCAUUCGCGCCCUCUCCCCAAUUGCGCGCUCUCCCCAUUCGCGCCCUCCUCCAUCGCGCCCUCCCCCAUCGCGCCCCCUCCUGUCUUCCCCCCCCGCCCUCCAGCCCGGUGGUGGAGCACGUGGCGCUGUUUAAUAUGCCGGCGGACAUGGCGGAGGAGAGCGAGGGCGACAUGCUGAGCCACCUGUACUCGCUGCAGUACCACUACCCGCACCUCCUCGCCAUCUCGCUCGGCCGCAUCCAACCCACCAAGCGCCCCGUCGGCUUCUCCCACGCGCUCUUCGCGCGCUUCCCCUCGCGCCAGGCACUGGACGGCUUCCUCGCGCUGCCCGCGCUGGCGGCCGCCAUGGAGCAGUUCGUCACGCCCUCGUGCACGGACACGCUAUCGCUGUCAUACGAGGCCCAGGUGGAGGCAGACAUAGAGAGCGUCUUCAGGCGUGGCGAUGCGUAUGAGCGGGGAGUGGAGCACGUGGUGUUCCUGCGCGCCAAGCCAGCAGCGGAGGCGGACAAGCAGAGCGCCAUGGUUGCAGCUCUGGCUGCCCUGCCCCUAGUCAUGGAACCGCACAUCCUCGUGCAGCUCACUGCUGGCGCCAACUUUGCUGUCGACACCGCCAAGGGCUUUACGCACGGACUCGUGGCGAGAUUCCCCUCAGAGGAGGCACUGGAUGCUUACAACAAGCACCCCAGCCACCGGCAGGUGCUGCGACAGCAUGUGCUGCCAUUGAGUGAAUCCAUCUUGGCUGUUGACUUUCACGUGGAUCCUGUAGGGAGGGAAGAGAAGGUUUAG